AUGCUGAGCAAACAGCUAAACGACCUGCGUGUCCAGAAGCAGGUCCAAGUGUUUGAAGAUAAAAACAUCGAUAAGCUAACCAGGAAUAAAUAUAGCCUAUUUAGGAACGUGUACAAAAAUGUGAUCGUGUCCCCAGCGCAUGCGGAAUCCAUAAAAAGUUGUCUGCGCAAGUUGGCAGGCAUAAACAAAUCGUUCGGGGCCUUUGAGAAAUUGUUCUACCUGGAGGAGAGCGAUGUGCUACAUAGUUUUUACGACGCUCAAGAGGUGGAGAAGAAUAUUAUCGGGGAGGAAUAUCCAAAUGGGUAUAGAGAAAAUUACAAAACUGAUACCAGUGUAGAUACCCAUGUGGAUGACCAAAUCUACCGAAAGCACCGAGAAUUUCUGACGCAGGAAGAAGAAAUCGUAAUCCUGAAAAAAGUGAAAUCAUUUCUAAAGUUAUGUUCCAUUUAUGCAAAUAGAAAACAUGUGAAAAUCCUGAUCGAAUUUUUAAUUUAUAAGUACGAAAUAAAUGUGAAAUGCAGCGAGGAUAUUUUGAUGUGCAUUUUACCUAACCUUUCCUUACCCCACAUGAGGAAUAUUUUAGAGAUUAUUUAUAUAGAAAAAAGUUCCGCCUUUUUCUUCAUAAAUAAUUACAAACACGAGGAUCUGAAAAAUGUAGACCAGUCCGUUUUUGUACAUCACAUAAAGAGGAACAUAUCGAUAUAUAAAAUUAUGUUUGAGUAUGUCGUUGAAUUGAUAUAUAGCAAUGACCUUGCAACGGGAGACAGCUCUGCCAGGAGUGACGAUGCCAUCUCGGGGGAGAUGUCCAACAGAGUGUCAAUCCCGUAUGUAAACUUCUUCAUCUCAGUGACGGAAGAUAUUAUCCACAGCUACAUCGACAUGCCUGUGGAGAUAAUCGAGUUUUACUGCAACGUAUUGUUGGUACUGUUCAGAAAAUGUGAAAAAUCCUUCGAGGUGAUGAAGUGCGCACACAGGAAGGGAGGAAAGGACGACUCUGUUACCCGGCACAUGGCUCACUCUGUGGCCACACUUCAAAUCCACUACUGCGUAGACUUUUUGGAAAAAUUUUUGAAAACAUUCGAAGAUGCAAUUGGCAAGUGCAAAACGGAGUUCAACUUUGAAUUUUUGAAGAACAAAAUUUUUUCCUUUUUUGAAACAGGGUUUUUAUCAACAUGGGAGGAAGAAGCAACACCCAUGGGUGGAGGAGAAGAAGGAAUCGCCAGUGAGGUAUCCUCCCCCCAUUCCAGAUUUAUGAAUUCGUUACUUGUCCUUUUAAACGUAAUUUACAAAAAUGCACAUCAGAUAUCUUUCGCCAGUUUCCUUAAGGAGGAACAGGUACGCACGGGGGCGACCCCACAACAGGAGAGAAUAACAUCGGAACACCAAAUGGACGAGAAAGUCAUCCAAGGCAUAAUCAAUUUUGUGAAGGAAAACAAAAAAAACUGUUUUGACAGGAAUAUAAAUGCAAUCAUACAGGAUCACCGGGCUCUUCGAAAUUUGUUGAGUCUCCUAUACAAGCUUAACGGCACCUAUGAAGUGACAGACAAUUUAAUAAAAAUCGUGUUGAUAAAGAGCUAUUCUUUAAGACUUAAUUGGUUUCCCCUAGAAGACAUAUUUUUGCAAACACUUAAAAGUAAAAAAAAUUACGUUUUCAACAUAAUCGUCAUAGUCAAUUUUAUAUCCUUUUAUAUUUUCCUAAUAAAAUCAAGGGAGAACGAAAUGGAUGAGGGAAUCUCCGACGCUUCGAAGCUGAAGAAAAAUGUAGAACCGUUACGCACCAAGAAAGUUGUUGAAGCAUUUCUUGGGAAGGUGUCCCAUGGAAAUUCUCUUCAUCCUGAGAUUGUAAUACAAAGUGAACACUUGUAUCACAUUGUUAAAUUUUUCUUGAAGGAAAAUAAUGACCUCUUUAGGAAAAAAAUUAUUUUAUUCGAACUGUACAGCAAAAUAGAUGAGCGUUUGCUAAGGCUGAUUAAGGGGGUUAACACCAAACUUCAACGCCUUCAAAUUUUUAACGCUCUUGGUAAUGAAAAAGAGGAUUUUAACAACCCAGAAGUGGUGGAGCGGGCCAUCAGGAGUGUCAAGUACAUGUAUGACCACCGAAGGGGGAGCGAAGCAUCAGGGAAAGCGUCUGUAGACGAACCAACCGAUUGUACAAAUGGAGAACCCUCAGAGGAGGCGUCAUUCUCCUUAGGAACGAUAAAAAAAGGAAAGAAUUUUUCAAAAUCGAAAAGAAACAUAGAAUGCCUUUACGGGAAAAUAUUCUACCAGCUGAGGCAAAAUAAAAUCCAGUUGGUGGAUUACAUGAAGAAGUACGAAAAAGAACUAAUCUAUUUUUUCCCCUCCAAAAAGUACCUAUACCGCAUAAUGUUUGACGCUUUCAAUGAACUGAAGCAUCGCAACUUUUGUGAAAUAGACAAUGAAAGGAACACCACCUUCCUGAAAUUUUACUUAAAGUUGUUUCUGGUCAAAUUGACCAAGCUGGAAAUUAAAAAUAAAAUAAAAUUGCAAAAUGAGAAAUUUUUUAAAAAAUUUGUCAACGUGAAUUUUGCCUUUUUUUUCAUCCUUUAUGACUAUCUACAGAAUAAGAACCUCUACCCGAACAAUUCCUUCUUUUCGAGAAAUAUUUUAUCUGGCAGUUACAAACUGGUGGAAGACUUCCUAAAAUUACUAACAAGGGUGAAGGGUUUAGUCGUUGAGGCAUACACAUUUGAGGAAUUCUUCCAAGCCGAAAUGAAGGAUCGCCGCUGUGAAAACAUCAAAGGGGUGAUAAAGCACAGCAUGCCAUUCAGGCCACUCAUAUUGUGCAGAAUUGUGCGCUACUUGUCAGAAGAAAUGGAAAACUCCAUAGGGGAGUACACAGUUGGGAAUAUGAUUGAAGGGGGAGAAGAGAAAGUUUGUCCGGUGGAAGGCAACUCUCCACCCGGAGAAGACUUAAAGCGCUUCUUCCGUAUCAUACUCAAAUGUGUAUUCAGAUACCUGGAAGACGUCAGCUCAAUUAAAGAAAAGUCAGGGAGCCACAUCUACGGAAACAUUGAAGAGUCGUUUCAAAAAACCAUAUUAAAAUUUAGAAGGAUAAAUUCCUCAGUGACAUUUUACCUGUACUGUAAAUAUUUGAACACAUUUUUCCUGAGCGACUCAUGCAUCCAGUUUGUGCAUAAAACCUUGGAUCUCUUCUUCUGCAUUUUCAAAAUGGAAAAAACGAAGAAGCAUAUAAAAAAUAAAAAUAUGCUGAAAACAAUCAUUGCAGAAUUGUUUCGACUGAGAAAUAGAUUAUAUAAGAAUUUAAAUGUGAAGUCGUUUUAUCAAACAUUUCUCCUAUCAUUUAUCGUGGCCAUACUUCCCGACAUAUCAAAUCCUUAUCGGCAUGUGAGUGUAUUAUAUGAUGCAAAAAGAUAUUCUAAAAAUACCCCCCAUUUAGUUGAUUAUUUUGUCAUUAAUAAACUGUUCGAAAGGGAGAAGGGGAAAAAAUGCCAAGGGUUUUUUCAUUUGUUGGAAGACAACCAGAAAGAAGGAGGCUUCCCCCAUGUGCAGCACAAUGGGGAGGAAAGUACGUCCAACCGUGGAAAUCAAACUAACCAGAUUAUUUCAUCACCUUUGAAUGAGUAUACCGUUAACUACACCUUUGCAAGUCGCAGAGGGAAAUACAAACCGACAAUGAACGAUGAAGGUUAUGAGAAAAGAAAAUAUUACUUGUUCAUUUUUGCUUAUUUAAGUAGGCCCUUUUUUGAUACCUUUCUAUCCAAUUUCCAUAACAUCCAACUAAAAAAAUUUUUAUAUGGGUAUUUCUUGAAGGAAGAUUUAAUACUACCCUUUUUGAGAAAAAUUAUGGAAAGAAAUUCAUACCCAUAUAAAAUUACAAAAAUUUAUGAGGUCAUAUUAGGCUCUAAAUAUGACUUGUCGCUGAAGAGGAGGCAACUAUUUCUCUUACUUCAUCUGGUCGAUUUUUAUGUGAACGCCUUGGAGAACGCGACUGUGAAAGGGGGCAGGAGGGGAGCCAGACAAAAAGGUGGGGAAAUCCCAACGGAAAGAAGCGUCCCCAAGAGGAAUGGUACCACGGGUGACCAGACUAUUCGGACGAACCAUUUAACUGAUGAAAACAGCAGCGCAACCAAGACGACUGCAUCCGCAUACGUACCGGCUAAAUUCCUGAAAAAAACGAAUUCACAAAAAUUCCAAAUGAAGGGUAAUUCAGACUUACAGACAUUGAACAUGAAGAAAAAAAUAAAAAAAAUUAAGUACAAAAAUAUAGUGAACGAACCAGGAGGGCAAGAAGCGGACAAAGCUUUCUUCCAAAAUCUCAAGGGAUUUUUUAAAUACCAUGAAAAUUUGUUUACAAAUUCAUAUUUCAAAAAAGAAGUAGAAAUAAAAGCGAUCUGCCAAUAUAUAAUACAGCAUGUCUUAAAUUUUAAGGACAAGUCUCUAACAAUACAGUUGUUUUGUAUUAAGAACUUUGCCACGAGCUGUCUCUUCAGCAAAGAUUUGCAAUCGUCCAUUGAAAAAUUAGAAGUAGCCAAUUUGAUGUUGUGUAGGAAAUUGUUUGCCAAGAAAGAACAUUACGAUUACCAACCCAUUUUGCUCAUGUGCAAAAAUGUGAGUAGUGUAAAGGAGAGGAACAAAAUAUUGCUGUUUAUGGAGGAGCAGAUGAUACAGGUCGGUAGGGAAGAAGGCCCUUCUGCGAGUCACAUGACCAUCCUUAAAAUUAUAACUGCGUUGUCGGACGGAGGGGAAGGCGAUAGAAGUGCCAGUGAAAGUGGAGAGGAACCCGUGGAAGACUACACACACAUCCAAUUUGUAGAAACCCACAUUAGAAUAUUUAGAAAAAUUGCCCAGUACGCACAAAUAAACGACAUCCUGUUUUUAAAGCUACUAAAAUAUUUAAGUAACAUUUGCAGCCUUAUAUAUGAAGUGCCCGAGCUGGUGUCGCAGCACUUUUCGUUGACUGGAAAUAAUUUCCUUUUCGAUGUUGUUUCCUUUUUCGAAACAAAUAUUUUUUAUCUGCGCGAAGACGUUACAGCUCAUCUGAAACCCCUGGCGCAUAUUUUGGAUAAAACGAUUAAGAGGAAGAUUUGGCUUUUUGUACAGGCUAAGAAAAGUGCCUCCUCUCCGGUUGAAGGGGAAAGAACGGGAGAUAUACUCGCAAAUACUGAUACACAUGAAGGUUCACACAGUCGUAACCAUAACGCAGAAGGAGCUGAUCCCAGAGGGGACGCGCUACCCAACUUGACACUCCCACAGAAUGAAUCUACAAAUGGUUACGGAGAGCAAGACAUUGCAGAAGCCGAAUUAGAGGAAGAAAGUUCAAAUAAGAAAGAGCAUAAUAGAAGUGCAAGCCCCACCCGCAGGGUACCAACGUUGGAGAUGAGCGUAUCAGAAGACAUGGACAGACACUAUCACCUGCACACGUUUGCCUAUAUGUGCACAUUUAUAAACCGCAUAUUUAAGAACGAAAUAAAUUUAGAGCACUUUACGGUCAUAGUGAACAAUUUAAUUUUCCUCUUCAAUAAGAAAUACACAUCGUAUGUUAUAGCUAUUUGCUUCGUAAACAUAAUAAUAAAAAUUAAGUUGGAAAAAUUACACGCGUGUAAAAAUUAUCUUCUAGAAAUUUGUUAUGCUUACUUUACUAGCGAUUUAGAUUAUUGCAUUAAUAACCACUUGUUGCUUCUUCUGGGGCUGUAUCUCUGUCCACACAAUCCUGACAAGGAUGAAUUGCUGGAGGGAGACAGUCCAGCUAAAACAACUGACUUGCAACAUCAGUAUGAAGAUUUAAGCGCUAUUUACCCAGAGUAUGUGUUAUCCAAAUUGAAGUAUUUCAAGCCUCAUCUGAAGAAAGUUAAAAACAACCAAAAUCUAUGCCUCAAAAUAAUUUCCCUUAUUUCUAUAGUUAACACUCUCAACAGAAAUGUAAUAAAAUCUAUUUCGUAUUUUAUCUACAUUUUGACCCUACAAAAUUUUGUGCUUUGUUUUUGCUUCGCCAGAGAUAAGGUCAUUAACAGGAAGCUGAAUAUCCUCUUUAGGAAAUUUUCCUUUCGAAACACCGAUACAUUUGUUUGGGCCUACGUAUUGAACAACUUCAAAAUGGAGGGCACCUCUAAGGAGAGAACUGCAAUCGUUGAGAAAUCUUCUAACGAUACUAACCACAGAGGACACCAGUUCGAGGAGCUAUUCUUGCUUAAAUUUUUGCAGAACGUGAACAAGCUGAAGGAUCAUAUGAAAUUCGAGGAAGGUUACAAAAAGUUACUCCGAUGUAGGGAGAAGCUAAACAACCAGAGGAGCGACGCCAACAACAGUGCAAUAAAAUCGGAGGAGCAUUUUCUCUUUGAUAUUUUUAAUGACUUGCUAAAAACGGAAUCAUAUGGUGAAAACGAAAUUAGUAGCAUUAUGAAAAAGAAGUUAUUCCAUUUUUAUGAAUAUCUAAUAAAUAAAAUGCUCACCGUAAAUUGUGUAAAGUACCCAAACCUUUUCAAAGAAAUGUCCAUUUUCAUAAACCAGAAAUUGAAUAACGGAACGGAUGUAAAGCCAAUAUUUGAAGCUCUUAUUUAUUUUCUCUACACGAGGAAGAAUGACAAGGCCAUCGCGUCACUAAACCAAAUGUACAUUUAUAACAUGUUCAAUAAGGCUCUAUUCAAAAUUCAUGUGGAUGAAUAUACCAAGAUAAUUAUUAUAUCAAAGUUAAACGAUAUCUUGAAGACACUAUUUGAGCAGUUGUACUUCGUCAUAGGGAAUGAGCGAAGGAACAGCUAUAGCUCAGCGUUGCCAGAUGAGGGCCCUUCCGAUGACGCGGAGGAGGACAUUCGCGGUAGAGAUGACAUGCUAAUUAACAAUGCCACUUCUAAGGAACCAAUUUCUGGAACAACUAAAAAGAAAAGAACCUUCCUCAGUGAGAUGGACAUGAUAAAUGAUGAAUACAGGAAGUAUUGUGAACGCAUGGAUCGCUUAAGCAAAGGUCCAUUCAGUGAUGAACUAAUUGUAAAUCCCCACAACCAUAAUGUUCCUCUCGACGUGGAUAACCCUUCAUAUAAGGACCUGGCAUACCUGUCUGAUGCAGACUCGGUCGAUUUGUACUGCAACCUGGGUGAUGAUAAUGACAGGGAUAACAACUCAGAGUGUGCAGAACAGCAGAGCGUAGACGAAACAACAAAAUGGAGUGCCACCCAAAUUGCGCACAUAAAAAGUACAAACAAGUUGAAAGAUCUAAAUAGCAUUUUCCUCCUGGACCUUAACCCCCUGAACACAAUAGUCAAGUGUAUAUCGUCGGUACUGCUUAACUUCCCACUUUUCACGAAAAAGCAAUUAAUUGAAUUAUUCAGAAUUUUAUUUUUAAAAAAUAAGCAUUACAUCCUAAUCAAUGAGAAGAAUGUCCUACAAAAUAAUUUGUACAAUUUGAACAAAGAAAACAAAAUGAAGCAUAUUGGAAAAGUAAUGAUGAACCCCUUGAAGAAGCUAAACAUGUAUCACUUAUUUUUUAUAUUUUCAAAUAACCACUUGGAACUUUGCCUAAAGCAUUUAAUGAGAUACUUCAAGAAGAACUUCCUCCAUUUGGCGAAUAGGGGGAAAAAGACCUACAGAUACAACGAAUCCGUCGUUUUGAACAACGCUCUAUUUGUUUAUCAACAUUUGGUGAUUUUUCAAAACAGCUUAGCUACCUCUAAUAAGGGAAGCUUCGAUUUAGGGUUGAAACUCCUUUUCUGUAUUAUAAAAGCUCAUAUCAACAAUUGUGUGAACUAUGUGACCACUCUGGUUAGAAAAUGGGGAGAUAAAAUAGGAAAGAAUAACGGGGGGGAUUUCUUCACCUAUUACAGUGGCCACUCCGAUGCAGAUAGCGCGAUAAGUGAGCUAACCGUGGAUCUACGUAUUGAGGAGGAGAACAUUGUGAAGUCUUUAGUGUACACCUCGACCAAAAUGAAAUUGUCUUCCUUGGGAAACCUCUUUGAUAAACUCCUAGUAUUAUUCGAGCAACCAAAUUUUGAAUCCAAUCCAAAUUGCCUCCUGGAUAACUACAAAACUGUAUACGAGAGGAGAAUAUAUUUCCUCUACUUUUACAGACUUUAUCAAAAUUUUGGUUCCGUAUUGAGUGAGAAGAAUAAGUAUCUUUUCGACCUUCUGAACAAUAUCAAAUUUGUUUUACUUGCUUGUCAUCGAAAUUGUUGCCAGUCGGAUUCCUCCUCUACUGGGGGAGUUAUCACGGAAGAUGCUGCUAACCCUGUAUGCGAAGCUACCCAUGAGAAGGAAGAUUUCAAAGAGGACCCUAAUUACAACAUCGAAUAUACUACCAUCACCGAGGGAACGAAACGAAGGAAGGUAAAGAAAGGGGCCAUCAGAAGCACUUGGUAUUGGUUCGACCUGGGUUAUUGCACUCUCCUAUGUCUGUAUGAAAUUCUGAAAAAUGAAAAAAAAAAUCAAAAAAAUUUCACCCCCAUAUAUUACCAAACCUGUUUCGAUUAUGUUAUAAAUUGUUUCGAUAUUUUCGCAUACCUUCCAAGAUUACACGCAAACGAUAACUUUAAAAACUGCAUCAACGAAGACGUAAUACGAUAUAGCGAACACUUGGACAACAAAAUGGUUUCUAUUGCCCUGUUUGAUAUUUUAAAGCUAAUCCUCUUUGAGCUCUACUCCUUAUAUAUAAAUGACCCAGAAAAAAUACAAAUAAUGACCAUGAGACUUUCCUUAAAAAAUGAAAAUAACAACACGAGCUCGAAUGUCACCCUGUGCAUAAUACUAACCUUGAAAUAUAUUUACGAUACUAUUGGAUAUAAGGAAUUGUUGUUCGCCGUGACAGAUUUGUAUCAACUAUUUUCAGAACUGAAUGAUCAUCCUGAUGACGAAAUUGAAUUUGUCACGAAGGAGUGGUUCGCUUCGAUAAGUAAAUUCUCUGCUGAGGCGUGA